AUGACUGUCAUACGCAGCUACCAAGAAUUUGCAUUUUGACAGGGCGAAUUUUCAUGGGAAGGUGAAAACUGUUAAAUUUUUGCCAUUAUUUCCCUUUAAUUUCGUUAAGUUUCGGUUAAAUUGCAUUUUAAUUUAAUAUAAAUUGCAUUAUCAUUGUUUUCGCGUACCAAGUAUCCGAAAAAAACGAAACGAAAAUGAAAAUUGCUUUUUUAACACUGUUGGUGAUUGGUGUUGCAGCAGCAUCGGAAUCCAUUGUUUUAGUUUUGGCACCAGUUGAACCAAUUCCGGCACUUUCGAAAGUAGAUAAUGAAAGUUUCAAUCGCAUUGCAAAACCACUUGUUAAGGACCACAUGAUAGCUGUUUUUCAAGAAGAUGAUUUAUCAUUCAGUGAUUUUCAAUGUAAGAGUAAUCGAACGGGACAACAGUCGUGUUACUCCCACUUACAAACCAUCAAGCCCAGCACUUUUUAUAUGAGGGUUGAUAGUCCAGAAAAUGUCCUGGAAAAGCUAGAUCCUAACUAUGAGGUAAUUACCAUCUCCAAAAAUGGAAAGCUUGAAACACCACUCAAAUGCAAAACGGGAAAAGUUGUUUUCUUGCGAUUCAGUGAGGGAACUGGUUUAAGUCGCGAAGAUACUUUGGAGGCACAUGAUAUUGCCAUUUCGAAUGUAAUGAAACAAGUAUCUUGCCCAACCGUAUUCAUGUAUACAUCUACUCCUGCAAAAGAUUUCGAAGCUAAAAAACGUUCACGUCGUGCACUUUCUGUUUGGGAGACUGCAGCACCAAAAGGUGGUAUUAUAUUCACUGAUCCCAAAUUCCAAAUUUUCUUUACAACGUUGGCAGUAAAAAUUGGUAGUGCCGCACCCAAAGCAAUUACUAUAAGCAACAUGAAAAUCGAUGACCACAACACCACCGACUUUAGUGUUACACUCAGUAGCAGUGAUGCCGCUGAUGUUAUCACAUUUGUCAUUGAGUUAAAGAAGGGUUACUACUACAUGAAACAGUUGACAUACAAUAAGGAUACACAAUUCCGCUCAAACGACAUAAAUGCACCUCCAGCCUUCUCCUACUUUUGUGGUAAUUUAACUGUUUAUUCACCAAAUGGUAAUCAACUCCUCUGGAACUCGGUACAGUUUCAAGCACCAUUCGGUAGUAAAGUUAAGACUGUAAACGAAAAGUAUUUUGAAUUUGGUGAAUCUUGGAAUUGUGUCGGUUUUGUUACACAUCCAAUUCUUGCUGGUCUAUUUGUGUCUGCAAUUUUGCUUGCGAUACUUUUCGUCGGUAUUUGCUGGAUGAUGGAUAUCAACACCAUGGAUAGAUUUGAUGAUCCUAAAGGCAAAACGAUCACAAUAAACGCCAGUGAGUAGUUAACAUCAACAAUUGUUAACUCGCUGAUCUGCUACUGUCAACAGUUACUUUUGCACAGUCAGUUGCGCACACUUCAUUCCCCUUUAUUCUGUUAUUAAUAUUUUAUAGCAAAUUAUUGCCCACAGUCUUUGCUUACAAUGUAUUUUUGAAUACUGUAUUACUUUAAUCAAACUUAAAGAAAUUCUUUCAUUACAAUACCGAUAAAUAUGGAAAGUAGAAUUACACUAAUAACAAAGUUAUUCUCUACAGUAGCAUUAUAAUAUUGGUUUGACAUCCUUACAAAAAGUCAUGAGGAUUAGCACAGUGCAUCUACAAGUUUCCUUCGCAAUUUCCAUUUAAUUUACUUCAUCAUUUGACUCAGCAUCAACCACAUUUGAUUUCGAACAUGUGGGUUUAUGGGAAUUGUGGAUGAAACUUGGAUCUCCAAUGUGCACAAACACAUAUAUAUAUAUACAUAUAUACAUAUAUUUAUUUAUACAAAUAUUCGAUUUCUCUUUGAGGGACAUUAAGUGUUUACGUAUGUGCCUUAAUCUAAUUUUGCGAAUAAGUGCUGUGUGGUGCAAACAUAACAAGUGUGUGGAUAUGUUUGCUCCUUUAUAUAUCAAUGCCGUGGUGUGUUUUCGAUUAAGAAUGUAUAUAUACACAUAUAAUAUUAUAUUUUAAAGUUCAUGUAUUAUACGUUAAGCACAAAGCGGAAAUGUUCAAUAAUAUAGUAAAAUAUAAUAAAGUUGUUCUCUUUGUUGAUAAUUA